AUGCAGUGGUCAGCCUUGGAAAAGGCAGACCCAACUGACCCCACUGUCCUGGCCAAGCACCUGGAAGCCUUGGAAAAGGCAAAAGCCAGGGGGCGCCAAGCACAGGGGCAAGAGUGGCCAGCCAAGGAAGGCUGUGCUCACCCCUGCUGCUGCAAGCUCUUCUUCUGGCUUGGAAAAGCCAACAGCCACCUUGGAAAAGGAAGGCAAAAAAAGAAGAGCAAGCCUGCCCAGGACUUGGAAAAGUCCAAGCCCAAGGAUUUGGAAAAGUCCCAGGGCAGCACCACCCAUGGCAGUGCCACCAAGGGCUUGGAAAAGCCUGUGGUGGUGGUUGACUGGCACAACACCUUGGAAAAGGAUGAUGUUGUGAGCCAGGACAACCUGACAGGCUUGGAAAAGCUGCAGGAACACUGCAGAGUGAUCCUCCUCUCUGCAGUGGACACUGUCUCCAGGAAAAAGCAAGUCCUGGUGGACAUGGAUGCCAUGAUCCCAGACCACAUUCACCAGCAUGGUCUUGGAAAAGAAAUCUGCUGGAAGAAAUGUGGUGAGGGUGGGAAGGCAGAUCUUGCCUGGCAGUGGGAUGCUGUUGCCAUUUUUGAUGACAAUUGGCAUAUCUGCCAGGAAUGUGAGGCCUGGGGCAUUGAUGCUUACCAGGUCUCACAGAAGAAGGCAGCCAAGGGGGCCUUCCCCACCUUUUGGAAAGCUGUGGUCAUUGGCUUGGAAAAGCCUUCAAUGAGAGGAACCAUCAAAGACAAGGUCAAAGCUGCAGCUGAGGAGGCUGAAGGUGAUGCAGACCAGGGUGCUGCAAUCUUGCAUGGAUCUCUGUCCAAGCUUGAUAAGAGCAAGGGAACAAGGUACACCCCAGAAGAGCUGGAGAUGCAUCUCCAGUCUGGGAAGGUGAUCUGGAGAGAGUGCCCCUACACUUCUGGUACCUUUGAAUACAAAGAUACCCAGAAUUGGCACAAAGCAAUCAACACAGCCAGACAGAAGGAAUGGCAGAGUGGUGUUGAGUUUGAGCCUGAGGAUGAGGACUUGGAAAAGUUCAUGGAGCUCUUCAGCACUGACUGCCAUUCCUUGUCUGUGGAUGAAGGCCUUGGAAAAGGUAGUGCCAAGGGCCUUGGAAAAGGCCAGGGGUCCCUUGGAAAAGGCAGAAGAGGCAGGGGCAGAGCCAUCAAGGAGGAGGAGGACAAGGAUGAGCCUGAUCCCCAUGAGAAGCUUGCCAAGGCUUGCAGGACUGCCAGGAAUAUGGUGUCUGCAACGCUGUCAGACUUGGAAGAAGCUUUGGAAAAAGCAGGUUCCAAGCUGACCAAAGCAGGCAAGACCACAGCCAAUGAUCUGAGCAAGGAGCUUGGAAAAGCUUUGCAGAAGAUCAAGACCUUGCUGACUGGAAAGUCAAAGCUGCAAGAUGACCCAGUGAAGGGGCAGCUGAUGGAGGUGGCUCAAGUGGUCAAGACUGCCAAGGAUGAAACUAAGAAGCUGCUGGCUUUGGGGGGUGCCUCCUCCUCCUCCAAAGCCAAGUGA